CCUUUCUGCUUGUGAAUGGUUUCCGUAGCUAUUGACCUUGUGCAGCUGCCAAUGAUACCUGCCUUCUCUUUUGGCCUUGCCCUAUCAGCAGAGAAAGGCGUGGCUGAAUUAGAGACGAGAAGCAUGGCGGAUGUCAGUUGGAGGCCUCCGCGAGCAUGUAGUGAUUAUUGGGAGGAAUGGAAAAACUGCAAGAGUAUCCGUAAUCGUUUUCACUAUUACUACACCUAUGGAGAGAGCCCCUCCUGCCAGCAGUGGAAGGCAGACUACUUAAACUGCAGAGAGUGGGAGAAAAAGAUGAAUGUGGAAUCCAGGGCAGCUUUAUGUGAAAGUGAAAGAAAACGGCUUGAGGAACGGCAGAGUUAUUCUUUAGUCUGGGAAAUGCGGAAGAGACCACCACCUGACUGGCAUCUCCCAUUAGACUACAGGAAACCAAAUGAGUGAAUGCUUGUUUCCUUUGCACCAUGAUGUGGAUUGUUCAGAGUAGCUUUUUUUUUUGUUUUUUGUAAAGCCUGGUAUUCUGUUAGAACAACAAAAAAAAUGAAGAUUUGCUGGCACACAUACUUGACCAGAAAAUAAACUGCUUAGCAAAGAAAAUAUUCACUGUAACACAUGGACCUUAGUGCUAGACUGAAGUUUGUUCAAAAAAGCUGCUGUCUGUUCUUUAUAUUUUAUUCAUUUUAUACCAGAAAUAUUUUACAUAGAACAAUCUCAUCAUCCCUGCUGUCAGGAUAGAAUGGACAAGCGCUAACAGCACUUCUUGUUACAUAGCUGAGUAAGGCAGUGUUUCCUCACUUUAACAACAGACAGAAUAUGAAAUAAAAGUACCAAAAAAAUGUU